AUGUUAUUGGUAGCUUUCUACUUCGUGCUGAGCGCUCUUACGGCAGCUUGUCAAUCGGAUGCCCAAAUUGCUAAAUGUACGCAGUGUGUAAAAAUAAGUACAAGUGAUACUGAGAUCUGUACAGAAUGCAAAGCUGAAGGAGACGUUCCUAUCAACGGAGUAUGCACACCAAAGGGGGAUGCUACUGUCACAACUGCUGGAUGUAAGACUGAUGCUGGAGCUGAAAUAACAACAGAAAAGACAUGUGGGCAAUGCGACGGGGCUUACUUCCUCCAUAAGAACGGAUGCUAUGCAAUUGGCGGGGACGUUGGACGCCUUAUUUGCGCCGAUGCCGCAGCUGCUGGUCGUGUGUCAUCAAAAACUCCUGGCGUUUGUGAGGGUUGCGUAGUUGGCUAUUUUAAAAACCCAAGUGCAGCUAACAAUAAGGACUCUUGUAUUGCAUGCAAUGAUGCAACUGGAGUUGUGGAUGGUGGAAAUACGUAUAAAGGAAUUCUGAACUGUGCUACGUGUCAGCCGCCAGCCAGUGCUGGUGCUGCUCGCCAAGACAAGGUUGCCGUAUGUGAGUCAUGUCUUGAGGGGUUCUUUGUUGACAGCAAUGGGGCAGCAUGCACAGCAUGCCAGGACAAUAACUGUGCUAAAUGCGAUGCAGGAGCAGGAAAAUGCACGAAGUGCAAGGCAACCGCUAACAAGCCAUAUCUAAAAAAGGGCGAAACCGAGGACUCUAAUACAUGUGUUGAUAAAAGUGGAUGUAAUGAUAACUCCCACUUCACUGAUGAUGCUGACGAUCCUACUAAUGGAAAAAUGUGUAAGAAAUGCUCAGAAGGGAUAGCAGACUGCAAAACGUGUGCUUUGAAGGAUAAUCCUGAAGGUACAAUUCUCAUCACGUGCUCUGCUUGUAUAGCAGGUACUAAUCAACCCAACGCCGACGGAACGAAGUGUGUACUAUGUGAUAUACAGGAUUGUAUAAAGUGUAAUGAAGAGAAUAUGUGUGAAGAGUGUACUGGAGGUAAAAGCCUAAGCCCCUUAAAGAACAUGUGUAUGGAGGGCUGUCCUGCAGGAACUCGUGAUGUCAGCGGGAUAUGUACUAAUUGCCAUAAUUCUUGUGCAGAAUGUGAUGGUGAUAGUGAAGCCUCCUGUACAGCUUGUUAUCCUGGGCUUGUAUUGAGCAAAAGCAAUACUGGAGCCACCGGCACAUGCAUCCCAGAGUGCACGGGAAGGUACGCAGAGAACUGCGAGGCUGGCCAGUGCACGGCCGUCGUUGGGGGCUCGAAGUACUGCAGCAGGUGCAAGGCAGGGUUCGCCCCGGUGGACGGCGUCUGUGUGUCGACAACGACAAGGGCAGUAACUGGAUGCAUGCCAAAUGAUAACAAUGAUGGAACAUGCAAAGCGUGUACAACCACAUACUUCUUGCAAUCUGGCGGAUGCUAUCAGUCGGCUGCAUACCCAGGCAGCAACCUAUGUAGCAAUGCUCAGAAUGGAAAAUGUACGAAUUGUGCUAAUGGACAACAACCAGAAGCUAGCACUGGAUCUUGUCCAGCAUGUGCAUCUGGUUGUAAAACAUGUGAGGUAGCAAACAAGGAGGCAUGCAAAACGUGCCUUCCGGGAUACUAUCUUGCCGGAGCAAAAUGUGUGAAGUGCGACACCAAUGAUCCCAAUGAUGGUAGCCAUAUUGUUGGUGUCCCAAAUUGCGUAAGCUGUGCCCCUCCAACUGGUGGCAAUGGCGGUCCUGUCACCUGCUACGUCAAGACAGAUGUCACUAACGAUGGUGGUAACGAUAACAACGGCGGGAACACGAACAAGAGCGGCCUUAGCACAGGCGCCAUAGCGGGGAUCUCCGUCGCUGUCAUCGUUGUUGUCGGCGGCCUCGUCGGCUUCCUCUGCUGGUGGUUCAUCUGCAGGGGCAAGGCGUAG